CACCCAGUUUGCGCGUCAGGAAGCCAGGAGCGGAGGUCGCCAUGGUGCGGUUCAAGCACAGGUACCUGCUCUGCGAAGUGGUGUCUGACGACCCCCGCUGCCGCCUGAGUCUGGAUGACCGAGUGCUGGGCGGCCUUGUACGGGACACAAUUGCCCGCAUGCACGGAACUUUCGGCGCGGCCGCCUGCUCCAUCGGCUUCGCGGUACGAUACCUCAAUGCCUAUACUGGAAUAGUGCUACUUCGAUGCCGAAAGGAAUUCUACCAGCUAGUGUGGUCAGCUCUUCCCUUCAUCACGUACUUAGAGAACAAAGGACACCGGUACCCGUGUUUUCUAAACACCUUGCAUGUGGGAGGUACAAUUAGAACAUGUCAGAAGUUCCUGAUUCAGUACAACAGGAGACAGCUAUUGAUCUUGUUGCAGAACUGCACUGAUGAGGGAGAGCGGGAAGCUAUCCAGAAGUCUGUCACAAGCUGUUUACUAGAGGAGGAGCCAGGUGAGGAGGAUCUUUCAGAUGGUGGUGAUGAGGAGGCUGCUGAAGCAAUGGAGUGAACCUCAGCAUACUGCACUGUGCCCAAGCCUCCGGGCUCACUUGUUGGAACAGAGCAUUCUAGAAGGCACCAGGAUCUUCUACAUUUCUAGGAUCUGCUUUCUCCAUGAUAAAAUGAUGUCACUCAAAGGCACUGACACAUUUGAUCUAUCUGUGACUUUUGUUUCAACAUGCCCUCUCAUCUCAGGCUGGAACACCUUCAUCCCCCAGCCCCCGAGUUCCCAACCCAGGACUUCUCUGAACACUUCCUGUUAAGAAUGACAUGUUAGCUUGGCCAGUGUGGCUCAGUGGACUGAGCAUCGUCCCAUGGACUGAGAGGUCCUGGUUCAAUUCCCAGUUGGGGCACAUGCCUGGGUUGCGGACUCAAUUCUCCAGUGAGGGGUAUGAGGGAGACAGCCGAUCAAUGUUUCUCUCUCCAUCAAUGUUCCUAUCUCUCUCUUCCUUCCUCUCUCUAAAAAAAUUAACAAAAAACAUUUAAAAUAAAACAAUGACAGGUUAAAGCUAAGCCCAGCUCAUGCUCAUAGUAGCUGAUACUUUAUCCUAUUUAAUAAGUAUGGCUAGCCCAGCCAGUGUGGCUCACUGGUUGAGCGUUGUCCCAUGUACCAAGAGGUUGCCGGUUUGAUUCCCUGUCAGGGCACAUGCCCAGGUUAUG